AUGCUACGUGCUGAUCCUCUGUCCAGGAGGCCAGACCAUGAGAGGGGGGUAGACAGUGAUAAUUCGAACCAAAUGCUGUUAAAACCUGAAUUUUUCGCUAUCAAUGCGAUUCGACCUGCUCAUGCAUCUGAAGUUGAUGAUGCUCAACUACUGGAAAGGAUCAAGAAGGCACUCACAGAUGACACGAUGACCAAGGAUUAUCCGCGAAUUUGGGAAAAACCUCGCAGAAUGGAACUUUGA